AUGGCGAGCCCAAAGGGUGCGAAUGCGAGAGAGGAUGAUGAGCAACUGUCAAAUUCGAACUUCAAUGUCGACUACAUAAUUCAUUACAAGGUUCCUAAGAAUGAAAGAAUCGAAGCCGAAGCGGGAUAUGUACAGCUCAUCGAGGCCCUUACGACCGUCGGCCUCGCCUCCGAAGUCCGACCGGGAGACGACUCGUCGAUACUAGUUUUCGUCAAGAUGGCGUCGGAGACGCUCCUCCGGCAGCAGGUUUUCCGGGCCCGACUACAAGACUGGCUUCAAGGCGUGCGGACGGCGGGACCCGGUGCCGACUUGUCCGGAGCGCUGAUGGAGGAGCCGGUGAGCGAGGCGGAGCGGCUGAGGCUCAUAUACCUGGCGAUAACGAAACCGAAGAACGAGGGGGGUGCGGGAAUUACGCCUAAGAGCGGGCAGUGGAAAUACGUCGACUCGGUGUUCCCGCUUCACGAUCGACACUUCAACCGCGAGUGGAUGAAGAGGCUGAGCACGAAGUAUCUCCUCAACCAGGAUGACCUCGACGAGAUUCGCAACAAGUUCGGCGAGAGUGUCGCUCUCUAUUUCGCCUUCGUCCAGAGCUAUUUCCGGUUCUUGGUGUUCCCCGCGGCGUUCGGAUUCGGUGCUUGGCUUCUCCUCGGGCGGUUCUCGUUCCUCUACGCUCUUGCGAGCUGUCUGUGGUCCGUGGUUUUCUUUGAGUUCUGGAAGAAGAAGGAGGUUGAUCUCGCCGUGCAGUGGGGUGUUCGGGGAGUGUCCAAGAUUCAACACCCACGACCGCAGUUCAAGUUUGAUCAUGAGACGGAGGACGUUGUUACGGGAGAGCCGAUUAAGGUCUACUCGCCGUUUAAGCGACUCAGGACACAGCUGCUGCAGGUCCCAUUCACGAUUGCCUGUAUCGUUGUUCUCGGAGGGUUUAUUGUCAUGUGCAAUUCUCUCGAGAUCUUCAUCAACGAGGUGUACAGCGGACCUUUUAAGACCUACCUUCCGUACUUGCCUACGAUCCUUCUUGUUACUGUGCUGCCCGCGUUCUCUUCUGUUCUGACAAACUUCGCUAAGAAACUGACUGAAAUGGAAAACUAUGCAAAUAUCGAUACUCACCAUGCCGCGCUGGUGCAGAAGGAAUUUGUCCUUAACUUCAUCACAUCAUAUAUGCCUCUCGCCUUUACCGCCUUUGUCUAUCUCCCCUUCGGACAUCUACUUACGCCCUACUUGCACAUCUGGGGAAAACUAGCCCAGGGCCUUACAUUCGGCCAGAAAGAGCUGAGCGUCCAGGAGUUCCAAAUCAACCCCGCCCGCAUCACAGGUCAGAUGUUUUACUGCACUGUGACUGCGCAAAUUGUCAACUUCGCCACCGAGGCUAUUGUGCCGUAUGUCAAGCACAAGGUGAUGACCCAAGCCAAGGAGCAGGGCAUUUUGGGUAAGGCGGCAAAAGUUGGCGCCAGUGAUGCAAAGGAGGAGGCUGCGUUCCUUCGGAGAGUCCGACGGGAGACUGAGCUCGAGAUUUACGAUGUCACAACUGACUACCGAGAGAUGGUUAUUCAGUUCGGUUACCUGUCACUCUACUCAGUAGCCUGGCCUCUUGCUGGAUGUAGUUUCCUCAUUAACAACUGGGUCGAGCUACGUUCAGACGCCUUCAAGAUUGCGUCUGGAUCUAGGCGUCCAAUCCCGUGGAGGGCCGACUCGAUUGGUCCUUGGCUCAACGCACUAGGCUUCCUGUCUUGGCUCGGAAGCUUGACCAGCUCGGCCAUUGUCUUUCUGUGCCGGGAUGGGGCCGACGGUUCGAGGGGCGCCGCGUCCAACGUGCAGGCCUGGGGUCUUCUCCUGACGAUUCUACUGGCGGAGCACUUCUAUCUAGUCGUACAGAUAGCCGUGCGUUUCCUGAUGGACAAGAUCGAUAGCCCCGGGCUACAACGAGAGAGGAAGGAGCGUUUCAACAUGAAGAAGCGAAUACUCGAGGAGAACCUUGGCGAGAAUGCUGCUCUCGCGGCGUCGGUUGCUCCUGGGAUCGAGAUGAGUGAGAAGCUAACGCAGUCUGCGCUUCGAGAGGAAGCUCGACGGGCGGAACAGGGAUCCGUCGAGGAUAUGUUCUGGCAACGACAGCAAGGCAUGGCUGGAACCAUCGAGGCCGGUCGCACUCUUAUCUCCCAGGUACGCGGAACCCCCCCCAAAGACACUUGA